AUGUCUCUCACAGAUACCAAGGCAAGUCCCUUGCUCGUCAACUGGGGCAUCAAAAAGGUCAAAUUCGAGGAACGCCCAAUCCCCGAAAUCAGUGACCCCUACGAUGUCCUCAUCAACGUCAAAUACACUGGAAUCUGUGGCAGUGACGUGCACUACUGGGAACACGGCGCAAUCGGCUCCUUCGUCGUGCGCGCACCCAUGGUCCUCGGCCACGAAUCCUCUGGCAUCGUAAGCAAAGUCGGCUCAAAAGUGACCACCCUCAAAGUCGGCGACCAGGUUGCCAUGGAACCUGGUGUCCCGUGUCGACGAUGCGAACCGUGCAAAUCCGGCAAAUAUCAUUUGUGCAUCAACAUGGCCUUUGCCGCUACGCCGCCUUAUGAUGGCACGCUGGCUAGAUACUAUAGACUGCCGGAGGACUUUUGCUACAAGUUGCCCGAAUCGAUCCCGCUCAAGGAAGGUGCGUUGAUUGAACCGUUGGGUGUUGCGGUCCAUGUUGCGAAGCAGGGCAAUAUCGCACCUGGAAACUCAGUCGUUGUAUUCGGUGCUGGUCCAGUUGGUCUGUUGUGCUGUGCAGUCGCAAAGGCGUUCGGCGCAAGCAAGGUCAUUGUUAGCGAUAUUCAACAGACCAGAUUGGAUUUCGCAAAGAAGUACAUUGCGGAUGGCACCUUCCAACCUGCCAGAGUAUCCGCAGAGGAGAACGCAAACCGCCUCAAGGAAGAGCACGACAUCCUUGCCGGCGCAGACGUUGUACUGGAAGCAUCUGGUGCCGAGCCCGCUAUUCACACCGGUGUCCACGUCCUCAGGACCGGCGGCACAUUCGUGCAGGCUGGUAUGGGCAAGUCAGAGAUGAACUUUCCCAUCAUGGCGGUCUGUGGCAAAGAGUUGAACUUCAAGGGCAGUUUCCGAUAUGGAAGCGGAGACUACAAGCUUGCUGUUGAGCUGGUGGCUACCGGCAAGAUUAGUGUCAAGGAGUUGAUCACGGGCGAGUUCAAGUUUGAAGACGCUGAGCAGGCGUAUCACGAUGUCAAGGCGGGCAAGGGUAUCAAGACCAUUAUUGCGGGACUUGACUAG